AUGGCAUCCUCGACACAUGUCCGAAUAAUCCCCCUCGCAGACUUCAAGCCCAUCUCCUCGUCGCGCGCCUGGGUCUCAAUUCCAAAUCCCAAUGGCCUCCCACUCAUCGCAACCGCCACCUCCGACAAGACAGCCCGUGUAUACUCUCUGAAGAACUUCACACUACAUUCCACUCUCGAGGGAGGACAUGCACGCUCCGUACGGUCCGUUGCAUGGAAGCCAGUGACUAAGAAUACCGGGACUCUGUGUCUUGCGACUGGCAGUUUUGAUGCCACGAUGGGUAUUUGGAGGAGAAGCGAAGAAAGUUUUGCGGGGAGGGAAGAGGAGAAAGAGACCCAUACGGCGCCGGAAGACGAAGAUGCGAUCGAGGUCGAGAUUACAAGUGACGGUGCUGCGAAGCCAGUUCCAAGGUUGAUACAAGGCGACGAGUCGGAGACGGAGGACGAUUGGGAAUUCGCGAUUGUGUUGGAGGGGCAUGAUUCUGAAGUCAAGACGGUUGCGUAUUCGCCUUCAGGCCAAUGGCUUGCGAGUUGCUCAAGGGAUAAGAGUAUUUGGGUGUGGGAAGAGAUUGGCGAAGAGGGCGAAGAUGAGUUUGAGACGGUUGCGGUGUUGCAGGAACAUACAGCGGAUGUGAAAUACGUGUGUUGGCGGAAAGACGACGGUAAUGGAGAAGUUCUAGCGAGCGCCAGUUAUGACGAUACGAUACGAUUUUGGCGGGGGGAUGACGAGGGUGAAUGGAGCUGCAUAGCUGUACUAGAAGGACAUGAAGGCACAGUCUGGAGUCUUGACUGGGAACCAGAAGCCAGCCAGAAGAACUUCGAGUCCGAAUCCCCACAACAGCCAGAUGAUUUCAGCCCUAGGAUACCCCGUCUCAUAUCUGCCUCUGCAGACUGCACAAUUCGUGUAUGGACCCAAGCUCCUGCCCCUCCUCCACCGAAUAAACCUUCUUACUUUAAUACCGGUAUCCCAUCAACUAUGCGUGCUCCACCUUCGAACGAAACUUGGGAUUGCACGGCGAUUCUCCCAAAAGUGCAUACCCUACCUAUAUAUGCGGUUAAUUGGAGCACCAAAUCUGGACGAGUGGUAUCCACGGGCGGAGACGGCAAAAUUGCUAUCUAUGAAGAACGUACGAAAGGCAGAUCUAGCGUGGGGGGCGCUAUUGAGAGAGAAUGGGUCGUUCUAGGUGUACUGGAGGGAGGCCAUGGACCGUAUGAGAUUAACCACGUAGCGUGGUGUCAGCGGUUCGAUGUGGGAAGGAAGGAAGCGGGCGAGGAGAUGGUGAUUUCGAGUGGUGAUGAUGGCGUUGUUAGGGCUUGGGCGUUGGAGGAUGUUCCCGCACCCACAACGACACUUCUUACGGUCACUUCUUGA